UCCGGCUGUCCGCUAUGCGCAGCUUUCGCAGAAGACUACGAACAAACACUCGGUGGCGGCUCCGCCCUCGUCUCCUGACACCUCUUCUCUGUCCUGGGAUGAGCCUUGGCGAGCGCGUAUCGGGCCGUUCAGGCUUAUGAGGAUGCUUGGCAAAGGCAGGUUCACUAAGACAUACUCGGCGCUGGACCACGCAUCGAAGCGAGUCAUCUGCGCACGUAUUGCGAGGAAGAGCAGGCUGCUGCAGGAUGAGAGGCUUCGGAUGGGUUUGAUCGUCGAGAAGCGGGUGUACGAGACAAUCGCGGCGGCCAGCGCGAAGGAUCGUGCGCAUCUCAUGGAGCUCUUUGGCGUGGUGCAGGACGAAGAGAGCAUCACGUUUCUAAUGCCUUUGAUGGACUGCGACCUCAUCGUCAUGUUGAAUGCCAUGUCAGAGGAGCACGAGGAAGUGGUUCGGACAUUCGCUCGGCGCUGGGUGGCACAGCUGGCACUCGGAAUAGACGCCCUUCACCGGAUGGGGAUCAUCCAUCGCGACCUGAAGCCCGAAAAUAUCCUCGUCUCAGCGUCGAAGUUGGCAGUGCGCAUCGCCGACUUCAACACGGCGUACAUGGAUCAUGCGCCUCUCGAUGAUGACGUCGUGUACUCGUGCGACAAGCUCGGGAGCGAACCGUACAUGGCUUGGGAGGUUGACGAGGGACGCCAUUACGGAAAGAUGGUCGACUGGUGGGCGUUGGGAUGCAUCAUGUUCGAUAUGCUGACGAACUCGGUCUUGUUCGAAGGGCAUGAUGCCAGGCGUGAAUACGCCAGAUGGGACGACAAAUGGGAGGGAACCUCGUACGUGGCGUCUGCCGGCAAGGACAAGCUCUCGGGUGCAGAGGUGGACUUGAUAUAUGGACUCGUCGAUCUGGACCCCCUGAAGCGUUUUCAGCUCCGCAACCUGCGCUAUCACAACUUUUUCUUGAACGAAAAGAAGUGCGUCAACGUCUUCGACGUGCUCCUUCGCGAACCCGCCGCGGACUCGGACCUCCUGACCUACACUUCCGCGUCAGAGCCGCUCGAGGUGGACGGCAGCCUGAAGGACGAGCCGCUCCUGCAAGCUGCCUGCCCCGGAGAACGCCGCUCGGUCCAGGCCCAGGCCCAGGCCCACGUCCCCGCGCAGAGGACUCAUCGACACCCGGAUUCCGAUGCGUUCGAGCACGGCUACCGUGUCCCCGCCGAGUCCGGCGACCUCUUUGCUGAGCUCGACUGGAUCCACCCGCGGGGCCUCUGGUAGCGUUAGAAGCCGCAUCUGAGUGGGAGGAUUUCUCGUAUGUAUUCGUGGUGUUCUCGACCUGGUUUGGGGGACGCUGGGGCGUUGACUCGCCCGAUAGAGGUAUUCGUCUGUCUCGCUGACACUGUAUCACUAGCAUCUCUCGUCUCUGUAUCGCCCUCAGGCUUGCUAUCUAUAAUGAGUAUCAUCCGCAUCCACCCGCCCUGUGUAUGCCUCUGCUCCCGCGACGGACUCCAGACGCAGCUCUCGUCAUAUGCGGCUAGCUCAACGUCCACGUCGACGGCCGGCGCCGCACAUGCGCCGCAGAGCGACUUCCUAUGCGGGGCCCCGGAACUGAUGGAAAGCGGUGAGCGUAUCUGAAAGAGAAAGAGACCAGAGGGAGAAAGGCAAUCAGGACGCGUCGACGGGCCGCCCAGUCGAUUUGCGUGGCGCUGACGCGUCGGUAGCCGGCUUCUUGAGCUACAUAGAAUCUGUCCGACGUGCCGCCGCCCUAGUUCCCUGGGGAGCCUGAGCCCGCUCAGCCAACACGUGGGCAGGCACGG